AUUUUAAUGUCUUUCUUCAAUUUUAAGGGUUUAGGACAUGUCGGAGGGUAGUAUUUCGUCUUCUAGGACUUGCCAUUGUGGGUUGGCUCCUCGACAAUUCACUUCAAGAACACCUGCAAAUCCCGGAAGGAAAUUUUCCAAGUGUGCUAACCGUGAUAAAUCAUGCGGUUAUUGGAAAUGGGAUGAUGAAGAUUUUUCCGAUGGUGCGAUUAUUGCAAUUAACCAACUACGGUUAGAAUUGGAAGCGGCAAAAGGAUCGAUCAAUGUUUUGAAUAUGACGUUGGAUCAACUGAAGAUCGAAAGGGAUGGAUUGAAGGAGAAAGUGGAAGCUUGGGAGGCCAUGAAAAACUUUGAAGCUAAUAAAGCUAUGAAGUUGGAAGAGAAGGUGUUGAAGUUGAAGAUGGGUAUUAUAAUGUUAUGUGCGUUAAUUGUUGGAUUUGAAUUUGCGGUGAUGACAAAAUGAAACUCAUUAUUGUGUUUGUAUUUUAGUUUGACGGUAUAUUAAUAAUGUUUAGUGUGAUUAAAUUGAAGUAUAGUUUUGAAUGUGAAAUGUGCA